AUGUCGGAAGAGUCUUUGUUAGAGCAAGACAAGAUCAAGAAUAUCCUCAACAGCGACUCGUCCUUGGACGUACUCCUCAACCGUCUCAAGCAAAGUUUGACCACAGGAGAAGAAUUCGCGAAAUACAUCAAGAGAAAGGCCCAGAUCGAAGAUGAACACUACGGCCAAUUGAAGAAGUUUGGCAUCCAGGCCCGUGCGUCCAUCAAGGGCUCCAGCAAGCUCAAGAACGACUCGUUCAGUGCCAAGCUUGACGAGAUCAUCGAGUUUGACGAGAAGUUGUUUGGUGCAGGAAGCUCGUACGUCAAGGCAUUGAACGUAAUGUACGACGAGCUCAGCUCGUUGAUCGGCACCAUUUCCAGGUCCAGAAAGCUCAUCAGAGACGAGGGCAAGAAGAAGGAAAAGGAAUGCAUUGACUCCAUCAUCGCAGCCGAAAAGGCCAAGCAAAAGUACUACCAUCUCUGCGAGGACUUGGAGAAGCUCAAAACGUCCGACCCCAACAAGAAGUCGUUUUCCUUGAAGAACAAGACCGUCGAGCAGCAGGAGGAUGACUUGCAGAGAAAAGUGGACUUAGCAGACCAGGACUAUAAGCUCAAAGUCACCACCUGCAAGAAAUUGAAGGACGAGAUCUUGAUGAACCACAGACCAACCUCGUCCAAGAAAUUGAAGAACUUGGUGUUAGAAAUGGACAUCGCCAUGAACGUACAACUACAAAAGUUUGCUACUUGGAACGAGACCUUAAUCAUGAAUUCAGGAGUAUUGAUCAGCCCCAUCCAGCUGUCCAAAAGUUCUAUGAAAUCAAUAGCAUCUUCCAUCGAUAAUGAGAAGGAUCUUUACGACUACCUUGUCAAGCAUGGAAACAUCCACAAGAACCAAUCGUUGGUACCGGUGGAAUACACAAUGCAUCCCUCAGUUGCUAAGACUCAGAAGAUAGGUAAACCAUUCUUGAACAACAGUGCCCCCAAGAACAUCAACUCUCAGCCUAAGGCCAGCACAAUCAACAACUUAUCUCCUCCAGCAAACUCGUUGCAGCCCUUAUCUGAUUCUUCCUAUUCAAACUCCACUGCUCAAGCUGGCAGCAUCAACGAGCUGGUAACUCCAUCCAAUUACACCUACUCAUCUUUGGAUCCAUCCACUAAGGCUGGCUCAGACUUGAACGGUCCCAAGACACUCAAUACCCAAUUGACACAGCACACACAGCCCACAUUUGGUGUUUCUGUGGAGGACGUCAUUCAGUUUGCGGGUAUAGACAACGUCCCCUUGGUGGUCAAAAGGUGUAUUGAAGUCAUAGAAAGCCAUGGAAUGGAUAUCGAAGGGAUCUACAGAACAAGCGGGAACAAGACCACUGUCCAGAACUUGAAAAAUUCAAUUGACCAGCAGUUCACCAAUUAUUUAUUGAUUGGAAAUAAUAUUGAUCCUAAUAACGUGCUAGAUGCAGACAUCUACUGUGUUGCUUCAUUGUUAAAGAUUUAUUUUGCCAGUUUACCCGAGCCAUUAUUGACCAAGGAAUACUACCAGUCGUUCAUUGAAACCGUCAAGUCAUUGGACGAAACAUUCAUAGCCAAAAAGUUGCACCACUUGGUGUUCAAUUUGCCAGACGGUGCAUAUUUCACCUUGCGGGCGUUGAUAUUCCACUUAAACAAGGUUGCAUCCAACCAAAACGCCAACCGAAUGACCGCCAAAAACCUUGCUAUUAUUUGGGGACCGGCUAUUUUGAACGACAACUCCAUGAGUCCCCAAGACUUGAGUUACAAGUCCAAGGUGGUUGAGGAGUUGAUGUUGAUUGCUACCGAAAUUUUCGAAACCGAUGAGUAG